GCCCCGCGCCCUCCCGCUCGCUCCCCGCGCUCGUGCUCCCUGACGCCGGCUGCGGAGGGAACUGCUCUGCCCGCAGCUGGCGCAGCGCGGGGGCGGCCGCGGGUGGGCGGGAGCCGCGGGCCGGGGCGCCGAGCAUGAGCCGCCGGCGCCGGCCGCGCGCUGCUCGGGGCCGGGCUGCGGCGCGAGGGCGGCGCGGGAGCGACGCUGGCGCGGACCGAGGAAGCUAUGCCCCAGACAUCUGUGGUCUUCUCCAGCAUCCUUGGGCCCAACUGUAACAGACAGGUGCAGCCUGGCAUGGGGGAGAGAGGAGGUGGGGCCAGCAGUGGCUCCAAGGACCUCAUUUUUCAAGAUGGACGCCUCACUUCUGGGUCCUUGGAGGCCUUGAUGGAGCAUCUGGUCCCGACGGUGGACUAUUAUCCUGAUCGGACAUACAUCUUCACAUUUCUCCUGAGUUCCCGGGUCUUCGUGCCCCCUCAUGACCUUCUGGCUCGAGUAGGGCAGAUCUGCCUGGAGCAGAGGCAACAGCUAGAGGCUGGGCCUGAGAAGGCCAAGCUGAAGUCCUUCUCGACCAAGAUCGUGCAGCUGUUGAAGGAGUGGACGGAGGCCUUCCCUUAUGACUUCCAGGACGAGAAGGUCAUGGCGGAGCUGAAGGCCAUCGCACACCGCGUCACUCAGUGUGACGAGGAGAACGGCACAGUGAAGAAAGCCAUUGCCCAAAUGAUACAAAGCUUGCUGCUGUCCCUGGCUGCCCGAAGUCAGCUCCAAGAGCUUCGGGAGAAGCUCCGGUCACCAGUUGUGGACAAAGGGCCCGUCCUUAAGGCCAAGCCACCAGCUGCCCAGAAAGACAUCCUGGGUGUGUGCAGUGACCCCCUGGUGCUGGCCCAGCAGCUGACUCACAUUGAACUGGAGCGGGUCAACACUAUCCGCCCCGAGGACCUGAUGCAGAUCAUCAGCCACAUGGACUCUUUGGACAAUCACAGGUGCCGUGGAGACAUGACUAAGACCUUCAGUUUAGAAGCCUAUGACAACUGGUUCAACUGCUUGAGCAUGCUCGUGGCUACAGAGGUGUGCCGGGUGGUAAAGAAGAAACACCGGACCCGCAUGCUGGAGUUCUUCAUUGAUGUGGCCCGAGAGUGUUUCAACAUCGGGAACUUCAACUCCAUGAUGGCCAUCAUAUCUGGCAUGAACCUCAGCCCAGUGGCACGGCUGAAGAAAACGUGGUCCAAAGUCAAGACAGCCAAGUUUGAUGUCUUGGAGCAUCACAUGGACCCCUCCAGCAACUUCUGCAACUACCGGACAGCCCUGCAGGGGGCGACACAGAGGUCCCAGACAGCCAACAGCAGCCGUGAGAAGAUUGUCAUCCCCGUGUUCAACCUCUUCGUUAAGGACAUCUACUUUCUACACAAAAUCCACACCAACCACCUGCCCAAUGGGCACAUUAACUUCAAAAAAUUUUGGGAGAUUUCCAGACAGAUCCAUGAGUUCAUGACAUGGACACAGGUAGAGUGUCCCUUUGAGAAGGACAAGAAGAUUCAGAGUUAUGUGCUCACGGCGCCCAUCUACAGCGAGGAAGCUCUCUUCAUCGCCUCCUUUGAAAGUGAAGGUCCUGAGAAUCACAUGGAGAAGGACAGCUGGAAGGCACUCAGGACCACUCUCCUUAACAGAGCCUGAGGAUGCGGCCUGCAGAUGCCACAUGAAGCAGAAAACACGAAUCUCGGUGAUAUUGCGACGGAUGCAGGCUAAGAGCGGCGAGGCCUCACUGGCUGGGGUCCAUUUUGUAUAUAACUUUUAUGAAAAGGAAGACGGUAGUUAUCUCACGCAUCAGCCUUUGGCGUUUACACAGUCCUCUUUUUUGUUGUUGUUAUUUAUUUUAAACGGGGCAGGGCCCUGUUUUGGGGAGGGGCGGGAAAGAGUAUCAUGGGAGAUGGUAACCAUGGUAACAUCUUAUUCUAAUGAAAUGUAGAUUUUUAUUUUCUACUUUUGAUGAUUAGCAUCCUAUAAAAAAAAAAAAAUUUAAAAGAACCCAACCAAAACCAAUGUGAGCCCUGCCUGCUCGGACGCCUCUCCAGCCAGCGUCUCUGAUGUUGGGGUUAGUGCCUUAGAGGGUACUGGGGGUCCAGCCUUCCUGUUCCAUUGUCGGAACUGAAGCCAACUCUGUCCUGUGCCACAAGGAGCCCACCCUCAGCAGCCUGGGCCACCAGGUUCCCACAGGAAGGGCUGGAGUGGCCAGGAAGUCUUGUCUGCACACUUCUGGAAGGGAACCCUUACAUACGGGCUUUCCAAAGUUUACAUUUUCAUUUUCCUUUAUCAGGGAUUUAUGGGGUUGGGAGGGGACGAGGGGAUGCCUGACAGCAUAUUUUCUGUGAGAAUAUGUUUGGCAAAUGGUUCUUCAGUUGUGUUUUAGAAGGAAAAAAAAAAAACAAAAAACAAACAACAACAACAACCCAACCCUGCCAAUCCAGGGAGGGUGUUGUAGUGUUGUCAGUCUUCCCUGCACGGAGGCGCUGCAGGGGAGACAACACAAAGGCGGACUCAAGGAUGCCAAGGCUGUCUGAAGCUGGAACACAAAGAGAAGGGAAAGAAACAUGGGUAUGUGGCAGACAGCCUCCCCUCCCUCUGGUAGGAGCCCCCACCCCCACCCCAUGGGUAAUCUGAAACUCAAUUAGCCAGGCAGCCCCCACCACCAAAGCACUUUCGGAUCAAACUGUCCAACUUGGAGCAGUGUAUUUCUGAUCCAAACAGGGGAUUGUGGUUCAUCUUUCCUGUCUGACUUCUCGGCGUGAACCCUGGGUCCUGGGUGGGAUGGCUCUGUCCCUCAGACAGCUGGAGACAUCUACACUGAUUUGCUUGGCUUGGGUGGGAGCUGUCUGUCUAGAGGCCCAGUAUGGAAUGGUUGGUCCCAUUUCCAGAGCUUCUUUGGACGGCCUGGAGAUGACCGGCCAGGCCAUAGGGAGGUGGGCGAUGGCCACCCUCAGCCUCGAGGAGCCGAGUAGCUACACUGUAUCGUCAGUGUGUUUGCACUUUUCAGACCUUCUAGCUGGUACAGAUUGUAUAUUGAUAGUACAUAUCGAUUUGUUAUGUCUUUGAGAUAAAGGCUGGAAACUUGAGAAUAUAUAUAUUUGGAAUAUAAUGUUAGAGCAUUUUUUCUGUACAUGUGUUAAGAGCCUUCAGUCCAUGUGUGCUUCAGGGGUCACCGGUUCCAGUAUCUUCUUGAUAAAGUGUCUACAUUGCUCUUUUAUUGCCCCCAAUUUGAUACACCCUCCAUUUGAUGUUUUGGUAUUUGGAGUUGAACUCUGAUAUAGAGCUGUACCAUACGCAGGAUGUCAGUUGUGGUGUGACUGAAUGUACUUGCAUCAAUAAAAGAACAUGUUGCUCUUC